AUGGAAAUGCAGGUAGCUCCCGCUUUUACAAAAUCAAAGAGUCCGCUCCCGCUUACCUUGUUGUUGCGUCUCAAUGCUUUGCUCAAGAAGUCCGUCUUCUCUCGCAAAUUCUACCAGGAGAUAACCGAUAAGGUGUUGAGCAAGUCCUCGUCUGUUGAUGCAAACUUGUACUUCAUUUGUUACUUCACGCUAUUGUUGAGCUCGAUCUUGAACAACAAGCCCCAGAUUGUGAGGUUCUUGAAGCAGCAGAAGGCCAAUAUUAUCAAGUUGGUGAACAGAGGGUUCAACACGAACUUCGAGGUGGAAAAGCUGAAUGAAAAAACUAAGGAAUCAGAGAAUGUGGAAGUGGAAUAUAAGUCCAAUCUUGCCGUCCACUUGAAAGCGGUGUCGUCAUAUAUUGCGGACGUGAGAAUCUUCAAUCGUCUCACUGACUCCAUCAAGUACAUGCCUUGGAUCAUUGACGAAUUCACCGCCAUGAUGAAUCCAGCGUCGUCGGUACCUCGACUUGACCGCAUCGUCAAUUUCUUACAGUCGAUCAACUGUCUUGUCCUCGAGCUUUUUGAAAAUGCCGGCUGGCUCACAGACCACAAUUGGGUUGGCACAGGCGAUAAUGCCUACUGGUCCAUGCUCACGUAUGUGUGGUGUUCGAGAGUAUGGGGUGCCUACUUGGUGCUCGAGAUAGUGGAGCUUUUCAGAAGAACACCGUUUGCCAAAUGGGACAGCAACUGGCGCUUGGCGGUGUUCAAGCAAGCAGUCCAGCUUCCAUUGGUUGUGCAUUGGUCGCUCUAUGAAGGUUGCUUGACUCCAUUCUGGGUCGGUCUUUGCGGUAGCGGAGCCUCCUGGUGGGGCUUUAGAGACAUGUGGGCCUCGAUAGAUUUGAGCUAG